GCAUCAAGUUCAUGUGGUACAUGGACUAGACAUUAGUAGAUGGAGUUAUUUUGAAGUUUUUAACAUAGUAAAAGAUUUGAAAUACAAUGCCUCGUCGAAUAUGAAAAUGUGGUCCAAAAUGAUGAAUGAAAACUUUGAAAAUCUUAGAGAAUUUAAGGAUGAUAUAGACGUUAUGGGUAUGUCUAAUUUUGUUAGGAAAUUAAAAAGUUUAGUUGUUCAUUUAAAUGAUGAGGAGAAACUCAAAAUCAAAUCAGAAGCAAUUAUGGUUCUAGAAAAGGCACCAAUUAAUUCCACUUGGAUGAAAGCACAAACAAUGUAUAAAAGUAUCCAGACAGCUACAAACAAU